UUCUUCCCAUUUUAGACAUAGUUUCUUUUCUAGAACUGAUUAUACCAGCACCAGAGGUCGGGCCUGGCCUCCCUCCUCCAUCCCUCUAUCUCAGCUUCGCACAGCACUUCAGUCUCCGUGAAACCUCCAAUCUGUUCCGAGGCCGAAAGAGAGAAAAUGAAGAUUUAACCUCGGUAUUUACAAGCUCCAGGAUACUGCAGAGGAUGAGGUUUCUUGUUCUGAUUUGCUUGUUAUCAAGUUUAAUAGGGCCAAGUAGAUCGGACUGGGCGAAUUCCUGCCACCAUUGUGAAUGCAAGUGGAUGGGGGGUAAGAAGGUUGCAAACUGUAGUAGUGCUGGACUAACUCAAGUUCCAACAAAUCUAAACAAAGAAAUCCAGGUUCUCAUUCUCGACAAUAACACUAUAACAAGGCUAGGAGAGAACGUAUUCCAAGAUAGUCUACCAAACCUUCAGAAAAUAUUUAUCCGUCACGCAGGGUUGAGAACUAUCCAUCCUACUGCGUUCUAUAAUCUUAAAAUACUAAUCGAGGUUGACUUAAGCUACAACAGUAUAACAAAACUGGACAAAAAAACAUUUGAUGGAAAUGGAAGACUGAAAAUGGUUUCUUUUGCAAACAAUCCGAUUCAGGUUCUUGAAAGUUUUCAGUUUCCUGUACUACCUCACCUGAAAACUAUAGAUUUUUCAUUUUGCCAAAUUAACGCUAUUCAGACUUCUGCUUUUGGUAAUCUGGGAAACAGCAUUGAGGCCAUUAAACUUCAAGGAAAUAAACUGAAGGGAUUACAG